CUCCUAAGAAUCUCCCCCUUCCUUCACCACCCCCUCUAAAUUCUUCUCUCCCAUCCCUCUUUCGCUCUGCAAAUUAAUCUCUUCUCUUCCAAACUUUGUAAGUUGAAUGGCGCUUUGGCCAUCAAUGGCUGUUCUGCUUAUUCUUGUUGUACUUUGUUGCAUGGAUGAGGUGAGUAGUCUUGGUGAAAAGGGAGUCCUUUCAUUGAGAAAACUGCAAUCGAAACAAACGGGAGAAGGUCGAAGUUGCUUCUCUCAGAAAUCAAGGACACAAAAUGGUGCAACUAUAUUAGAAAUGAAGCAGCGGGACUACUGCUCUGGGCCGAUAAGGGACUGGGAACGAAAACUCCAGAAACUUCUGAUUGCUGAUGAUGUUCGAGUAAGGUCUAUACAGUCCCAAAUCAAAAAUGUAGUUUCUACCCAAAUAGAAACUCAGAUUCCCAUCAGUUCAGGUGUCAGGCUACAGACAUUAAACUACAUUGUCACGGUAGCAUUAGGUGGGCGGAACCUGACCGUGAUUGUUGACACUGGGAGUGACCUGACAUGGGUUCAAUGCCAGCCCUGCAAACUCUGCUAUUCUCAACCAGAUCCCCUCUUCAACCCCUUAAUAUCCUCCUCUUACCAGUCAGUUCAGUGCAAUUCACAAGCAUGUCAUACUCUGCAAUUUGCUACAGGGAACUCAGGAUCAUGCGGAAAAAAUGCACCUAUAUGCAACUAUGUUGUUACCUAUGGUGACGGAUCGUAUUCUCAUGGGGAGCUCGGUACAGAUCAUCUAGUUCUUGGAACUACUCCAGUUGAGAAUUUUGUGUUCGGAUGUGGCCGAAACAAUAAGGGCCUGUUUGGUGCAGCUUCAGGCCUAAUGGGACUAGGCAGGAGUGAUCUCUCACUGAUUUCUCAAACCUCCAAUGUUUUUGGGGGAGUUUUCUCAUACUGCUUGCCUGAUUCUGAUGCUACAGCUUCUGGUUCACUAAUACUAGGGAAUGAUACCUCGGCUUACAAGAACACCACACCAAUAUCUUACACUAGAUUGGUCCCAAAUCCUCAGCUUUCCAGCUUCUAUGUUCUGAACCUAACAGGGACUAGUGUUGGUGGGGUGGCUUUAAGCUCUCCAAAUUUUGGGAAAGGCGGGAUUCUUAUUGACUCAGGGACCGUUAUCACAAGGCUACCUCCAUCUAUCUACAUGGCCAUCAAGGCUGAGUUCUUGAAACAGUUCUCCGGAUAUCCACCAGCACCAAGUUUUUCAAUCUUGGACACAUGCUUCAACCUUUCAGCAUAUGCAGAAGUGAAUAUCCCUACACUUAAGCUGUGGUUCGAGGGAGACGGUCAGAUGAGUGUGGACGUCUCUGGGAUGUUCUAUAUUGUGAAGAGGGAUGCUUCUCAGGUGUGUUUAGCUCUUGCAAGCCUUGCAUAUGAAGAUGAGAUUGGUAUUAUUGGGAAUUAUCAGCAGAGGAACACAAGAGUUAUAUAUGAUACUCAACAGAUGAAAGUGGGAUUUGCCAGGGAGAUGUGCAGUUUCAGUUAAGACAGAUCAAAGGAGUGAAAGAUUAUGACUGUGAUGAUGCAAGAAAGCUUCAACUGGCAAAGCCAAAUGACUCAGUUGGGAACUAGAGGUAGAAAGAUUUGUUUAUCUUAGGUUAUAGAACAUAUGAACGUCAACUUGUGUUAUACUCUUCUAUCUAGUGUUCAAAUGUAAUACUCCUGUAUAAGGUUUAUUCUAAGAGAGAGCGAGAGAGAGGCUCCUAUGUUUAUCUCCUGUACAAAAUUUUAUUCUUGUCUGCAAAGAAGAAUGAAGUCUUAGGAGCACAGCCAAAGUAUACUUUUCAACCACUUUAAUGGCAAUAAUCAAUUUGAGCAAGAAUAAUUGGGAUU